AUGGGUGAAAUUGAUACUACUGCAUUAAUUAUUUCGAUCUGCGUCGUUAUCCCAGCAGUUAUUGCCAUCGGUAUAUGUGUAAUCAUCUAUUGUUCGCAUCGAAACAAAGAUCAAAAGUUAAAUCGUCAAAUCAAUAGAUCAACUCUAUAUGAAUAUGAGUUUCCACGAGAGCGGCAAUCUCGGGAGGCUUAUAUAAUCGACUUUUCGCGUACUAGCCGUUCUCAACCGCAAUCGCGUCGACGUGAACCGCCGCCGAUAUUCGAGCAAUCCCCUCCAGCAUAUGACACAACCAUUAUUCCAACACGACGGCAACCGCCAACAUUCUAUCUACCACUCCGCAAUGGAGCUCGUCAAUCUCCAUCCACAAUCACAACAUCUGCAUAUUCGGCAAUGCCGCCAUCUUAUGCAGAGAUAUUCCUUACACCUCAAACUCUAUCAAAUGAAUAG